GUUGGUAGUGUUGUGGGUUGCACUGACAGACUGACUCAAGGAAGGAGAGAAGCAAACUUUAGGUUUUACAGAAAGCUUAGCCUCCUGACAAGAGCGCUGCGAAGCUCGGAGGCCUACAUAUUUGGGUCUUGUUUAAACGUAAUUUUUCAUGCCCUGCCCCUAAUUAAGAAAAGAUGACAUGUGGUUUACAAUCUGCAGAAAUAUUGAUCAGUCGACAAAUCUGUUCCAACAAAAAGUACCAAACAAAAUGAAACACACAACUGGGUUUAAAAAACAACAACUUAGUAUAAACUACUCAGCUUCUGGAAUGUUUGUAACCAUUUUCUGAAGAGACAGUGCAUAGAUCUCUCUGGGUAGGAAAUUUUAGUCUGGAGGCCACUGUGCAAAGACCCUAUUGUUGGUGGCCAUCAGCUUAGUCUCCAGAGGCAGGUCAUAAAACAUGGUCUCUACCAAUGAUAAACAAUUGGGCAGGUGCAUGUUUUCAGAAGUAAAUAGCCUCAGAAUAGUAGUACGUAUGCUGAUAAAUUCCGGAAGGAACAGGCAGAUUCUGGCUCGUAGCCGCCUCCUGAGGGAAAAUGGCCAGUUCCUGACUCGUCAGGGCUUCCUCAUGCGCAAACAUUACUUCAACAACCCUGAAAGCGGCUUCUUCUGCAAAACCAAGCGCAAGGUGCAGCCCCGAAACCCCCUGACAGACCCUACCAUGGUUACAGACAUGAUGAAGGGGAAUAUCGUCAAUGUGUUGCCCAUGAUCCUUGUGGGAGGCUGGAUCAACUGGGCAUUCUCUGGUUUUGUGGCAACCAAGGUUCCCUUCCCCUUGACCCUGCGGUUCAAGCCCAUGCUGCAGCGUGGAAUUGACCUGCCUUCCCUGGACCCCUCCUGGGUGAGUUCAGCCUCCUGGUACUUCCUCAACGUUUUUGGCCUGCGCCGCAUGUACAACCUCAUCCUGGGGGAAGACACUGAGCAGAACCAAUUGCUUCUGCAAGAUCAGUUUCUGUCCCCAGUUGUGCCUGCUCCACCUGAGCCCAACAAAGCCUUCAAGGCUGAAUGGGAAGCUUUGGAGCUGGUUUCUCACCACUGGGCUCUACAGGAUGUAGAAGAACAGCUGAUGUCACAGAACCUCAAGUUGGCAGGGAUGUUUGGACCAGAUUGAGGAUGGUAGCAGUAGCCAAAAGCAGCAAUUCUAGAAGAGCUGCACACAGAUUGCUUUCCCUCCCCACACAUUGGGUGGUGGCAGAGACCCACCUUCUCCUGCAUGGUGUGUUAAAGUGUGGAGUGGCUUGUGAUGCUAGAGGCAGAACAGAGCUGAAGACCAACUGACACUUGUCAGAGGAGCAGAGUGUAGCACCAUUUUUCUGAGUGUCCUUGAAGCUUUGGAGCUGUCUAGACAGUGCAUUGAUUACAAGUGCUACCGUCUUUGCUCUGCCUGAGAGAACAAAAUGUGGUAGAUGCUUCAGGCUGUCACACUGUAAGCUCUGUGUAGAGUACAGAAUGGUUUGGUUAUUAAACAGAGGUGAUUGUAACCA